AUGUACGGAGGAGGACGAAGAGGUAACUACGGCGGAGGUUACCGCGGAGGCAACGGUGGCUAUGGGGGCUAUGGAGGCUAUGAAGGCUAUGGAGGUGGACGGGGCAAUAUGCUCGGAAUAGGCGGCUACGGUAGACCACCAAAAGGGUUCGGCAGAGGUGCAUAUGCCGGCUAUCCCGGAGGCGGACAAAGAGGUGGUUUCGGCAGAGGCAACGAAGGUUAUGGGAACUACGGAAACGAUGGCCUGAUCGGACCGGGAAAUAACAACAGAGGCGGAGGUAUCAGAGACUACGGAAACGACGGGCUGAUCGGACCGGGAAAUGGCAGACGCGGCGGUUACAUAGACUAUGGAAAUGACGGGCUCGUCGCUGGGCCGGGAAACGGCCAGAGACCCGGCAUCGCCAUUGUGCUUUGUGUCUCGCGAUCGUAG